GAGAGUUAUGCUUUAAGACAUUUUGCCCGGCUGCUAUUGGAAAUAAGAAUCUGUUCUUUAUGACUUGCCUGAGUCAAGAAAGGUUAAAUUUAAAUAAAAAAAACAACUAUUUGUUUAUGGCUGUACGCCAACAAAAUGGCAUCAAACAUGUUUUAGAAAAAGAGGAACCUUUUCUUUUGUCGAUUGUGCCCGUUAUUUGCCUAACAUGUAAAUAGUUGUUGCAUGCUGCCAAACAAUACGGAGGUGUUGUUCACUGUUCAUGUGGAACGAUGAGUUAUAUGAGCAGUGACCUGUCUGGAGUCACACAGUGAGGAGGACGGAGAGCAGACAAGAUGGACAAACUGCUUCUGCUCAUCAUGGCUGCAUCAGGAAGAACUUUACUGAAGCCCAAAGAUACUGCAGAGAGAAAGACGCAGACCUGGCCACUGUAGACAGCAUGGAGGUUAUGAAGAUCCUGAACAACACGGCAGAUUUAGACAACAUGUUCUACUCCAACAACAGCUACAGAGCCUGGAUAGGACUGUACGAUGACCAUGUCUCCAACCCCUGGAGGUGGUCACUGUCAGACACAAGUUUCUACAAACCCGGGGAGACCGAGUUCAGACGAUGGAGGGUUGGAGAACCAAACGUUGGAUACAGUAACAACGCCUGCACAGUGAUGGAUCCUGAUGGACUCUGGUACGACGAGAGUUGUGAACAUGGGCUGUUUCCAGUCUGCGCUGAUAUCAGAGGGUCAAAUGUGACUUUUGUCGUCAUCAACACCCCUAUCACAUGGACUAAAGCCCAGAGCUACUGCAGAGCUCUCUACACAGACCUGCCCAGUGUGAGAAACAUGACAGAGAACCAGAAGUUACUUGGGGUGAUUGGAGUAAACUGGGUCUGGAUCGGCCUUUUCAGAGACUCCUGGAAGUGGUCAGAUGGAAGUACCUCCUCAUUCAGCUUCUGGAAGAAAGGGCAACCUGAUAACAACAACGGGAAAGAGACUUGUGUGGCUGCAGACUUCAGCCAAUCAGGAGCCUGGGAGGACUGGCCCUGUGACAUGGAGAGAGCGUUCAUUUGCUACGGUCCAGUGGUGUCAAAGAAAGUGAUGAAAGUGAAGUUUGAGAACAAGAAGAAUCUGGAUCUGAAUGACCCUGCUGUGAUGGAGGCCAUGUUGAAGCAGCUGAAACAGAAGCUGAGGGCCCAGGGGCUGGACGACAACAUCAAGCUGAGCUGGAGGAAGCAGGCCGAUGGAAAAGUCUUCCUCAAGGAAGACAAGAAGACCAACAAGAGGAGGAGGAAGAGGGAGGAGCUGUAAUGUUGAGUUGCUGCGUCUGUUUUCAUCAGAGAAAAGUCUCUUUUUUGCAAGCAGAAAUACUAAAUAUAUUCACAGCUUCUAGCUUCUCAAACAUGCAGAUUUAAUACUUUUUUUGUCAUAUUUGGUGAUAAACUCAAUA